AUGUACCCAUACUACUUCUCCUACGUCGCGCCCCAACCACUGUUCUACGUCUGGUACCCCUCGGUGGCGCCAUCCCCGGCCUGGUCGUUCUCCUCCCAAGGCUCCUUGCCUACGCCGAUAAUACAUCCAGUCCCCCUCUCAGGCUCUCCUUCCAGCACACUCGUUGACAUCGGCGAACGGGCCCGGUCUCCCCCGCCGAAACCUAAACCCAAAACGCCAGCCGCGGAGCCUACCCCCGCGCCUCGCUGGCCCCCACGCGUCGAUCCUCUCAUCUUGCACGCGCGCCCCGCGGCCGACCCAUCUCGCCUGAAUUGGGAUCUCUACCACCAUCCCUACACUCUGGAGUUCACUGACGAGCACCACAUGCCAUCCACGCCCCUCUCCUGGGAAGACUUCGCGGCGCAUCCCGCUGUAUGCGCGGGGCUGCGGGACGGCGGCUACCCCCUACAUUCGCUCACCCUCGUCUUCCGCUUCCUGCCGCUGCAGAUCGAGAUCAAGCCCGGGGCGCACCCACCUCCCAAAGGCGUACCCCCAGAGGAGCACGACUACGUGUCCGUCGCGGACCUCCUCAUCGGGCUGUACGAGGGAUUGCGCGCCCCAGUCGAUCCGGGGCUGUACGCGCGUAUGCCGGGGCCCCAGCAGGCGACGCUGUGGCGUGCGGCGGCGCGGCGGGUGAAGGCGCUCGCGGGGGUUCAGCACGGGCCGCUGCCGCAAUUCACGCUGAGGCAGAUCGACUUCCUUCGCCAGCGGCGGCGCUUUGUGGGCAUUCGGAUCGCGGAGAGGGAGGAGGUUCCGAGGGGCAAGCGGUACGGGGAGGUGUUCGUCGUCGAAGUCGAUGUUAGCGGGUGA